GUUCUGCACGACCAGUUCAAAAACGGGGAAGGCGUAGUUGGAUGGGGUUUGUGUUGGAGGACCGCUGUGCCGCAGUCAUUUACAUUAAAUUGCUUCGAUACACACGGAGCAUACGUACCUCAAAGUAAGUUCAAGAUCGUUUUAGGGAAACGUGUCGUUCAGUACAAACCGUUAAGCAACGUAAACGUUCAAUCGAACUGAACGCACCCCUGGAUGACUGUUUCCGCAUCUAGCCAGCUGUCCUAAUGAAUGAGGCGGAGGAUCUCCAGCAUUGCUUCUCAGUGAUAUAACAGCAAGGAUAUUAAUUUCACUAACAGUACCUUUAGAUAUCACAAUGCAGACCCUCACACCCCACGUGUAUUGGGCACAGCGUCAUGCAGACAUCUACCUGCGUGUGGAGCUGAGUGACGCUAAGAAUCUUGAUAUCUGCGUGCAAAACAACACCCUGCAAUUUAAAGCUCAGGGUCACGGAGCUAAAGGAGACCAUGACUAUGAGUUCAGUCUGGACUUCCUGGAACCAGUAAAACCUGAGGUUAGUCACAGGUCGACACAGCGCCUGGUAAAUGUGACAGUGAGGAAGCAAGAGCAGCGUUGGUGGGAUAGACUCACUCUGCAGGAGAGGAAACCUCUCUUCCUGGCGCCAGACUUCGACCGUUGGCUCGACGAAUCAGACGCAGAGAUGGAGCUUCAGGCUAAGGAAGAGGAGAAGAUAAACAAGGUCAGCAUCGAGUCAAGAAUCCGUAAAGACCCCUACCUGGGCCUGAAGAAGGGCUAUUUGUUCAUGUACAACCUAGUCCAGUUCCUGGGCUUCUCCUGGAUCUUUGUCAACAUGACCGUCCGUCUCUUCAUCCUGGGACAAGACUCGUUCUAUGACACGUUCCACACCAUUGCUGACAUGAUGUACUUCUGUCAGAUGAUGGCCGUAGCAGAGGUCAUGAACCCUCUAGUGGGUCUGGUCAAGACAGGGGUGUUCCCAGCUAUGAUCCAGGUGGUGGGUAGGAACGUAAUCCUGUUUGUGAUCUUCGGUAGUCUGGAGGAGAUGCAGAACAAAGCAGUGGUCUUCUUUGUCUUCUACCUCUGGAGCACCAUAGAGAUCUUCAGGUAUCCAUUCUACAUGCUGGCCUGCAUCGACACAGACUGGAAGUUGCUGACAUGGCUCAGAUACUCCAUCUGGAUGCCCCUCUACCCUCUGGGGGUGCUAGCAGAGGCUAUAGCUGUGAUCCAGUCCCUGCCUAUCUUCGAUGAGACCCGUCUGUACAGCAUCCCUCUACCUACGGUCCUGGGCUCGUCCUUCAGCUUUUCCUUCACUCUGAAGAUCUACCUGGCCCUCAUGUUCCUCGGUCUGUUCAUCAACUUCCGCCACCUGUUUCGCCAGAGGAGGAGACGAAUGCGCUCCAGGAAGAGGAAAAUGAACUAACGGAUAGAAAGACAAACCUCACGAUCUCUCUAGUCUCACUGCUGGUUGCCUUUUCACACCUCUCCUCUCCUUACACUUCUCUCUUCUCUCCUCACCUCACACCUCUCACCGCUCCUCUCUCUCCUCUCUCUUCUCUCCUCUCCUCACCUCUCUUCUCUCCUCUCCUCUCCUCACCUCACACCUCUCUCCUCUCUCACCUCUCUUCUCUCCUCUCCUCUCCUCACCUCACACCUCUCUCACCUCUCUUCUCUCCUCUCCUCACCUCACACCUCUCACCGCUCCUCUCUCUCCUCUCUCCUCUCUCUUCUCUCCUCACCUCUCUCCUCUCCUCUCCUCACCUCACACCUCUCUCCUCUCUCACCUCUCUUCUCUCCUCUCCUCACCUCACACCUCUCUCACCUCUCUUCUCUCCUCUCCUCACCUCACACCUCUCUCCUCUCUCACCUCUCUUCUCUCCUCUCCUCACCUCACACCUCUCUCACCUCUCUUCUCUCCUCUCCUCACCUCACACCUCUCUCUCCUCUCUUCUCUCCUCUCAACUCACACCUCUCUCCUCUCUCACCUCUCUUCUCUCUCCUCUCUCCUCUCUCACCUCUCUUCUCUCCUCACCUCACACCUCUGUCCUCUCCUCUCUCACCUCUCUUCUCUCCAACCAACCACAUCCUCCUCUUCUCCUUUUCCUGUGGAUGUACCUCCUCUAACAGACACUCAUCUUCCUCACCCAGUCUGUCCAUCAGAGGUACCUCCUCUAACAGACACUUCUCUUCCUCACCCAGUCUGUCCAUCAGAGGUACCUCCUCUAACACAAACACUUCUCUUCCUCACCAAGUCUGUUCAUCAGAGGUACCUCUAACACAAACACUUCUCUUCCUCACCCAGUCUGUCCAUCAGAUGUACCUCCUCUAAACACAAACACUCAUCUUCCUCACCCAGUCUGUCCAUCAGAGGUACCUCCUCUAAACACAAACACUUCUCUUCCUCACCCAGUCUGUCCAUCAGAGGUACCUCCUCUAACACAAACACUCAUCUUCCUCACCCAGUCUGUUCAUCAGAGGUACCUCCUCUAACACAAACACUCAUCUUCCUCACCCAGUCUGUCCAUCAGAGGUACCUCCUCUAACACAAACACUCAUCUUCCUCACCCAGUCUGUCCAUCAGAGGUACCUCCUCUAACACAAACAAGUGCAUUCAAUUCACACCCUCUUUUUCUGAUUUAUAUCCAUGUCAUACUGUUAGUAUUAACAGAUACAUGUCAUACUGUUAGUAUUAACAGAUACAUGUCAUACUGUUAGUAUUAACAGAUACAUGUCAUACUGUACUGUUAGUAUUGAAGGAGCUGUACUGUAAACGGUUCUAGCGUCUCUUGGCCAGACUAAACAACUUGUGUAUUUUCUGAAUUCCAUUUUGCAGCUCAUGUAAUCCUCAUAGUGGACCUGCCUUCAGUUUGAAUUCAGGAAGUGAAAUGAAAACUGCCCAUUGUAUUCUAUGAAGAGUGUUUUUUUUUUAAAUCACUAUUUUUUUAAUUUUGGAUCCACUUUAAUGACUUGACUGAAUAGAUCUGAAUUGACUCGGACUCUGUUACAGUCAUUGAUAGAACAGUCAUGUUGCACUUCACUACUGUCCCAUCUGACCAGAAGUCAGCGUCAGGCCUAAUGCUAUACAUUGAUUUGUUUUGUUAUACGUAUUUUUUUUAAAGGCCCAGUGCAGUUAGAAAUAUGUAUUUAUAUAUAUUUCCACACUAUGAGGUUGGAAUAACACUGUGAAAUUGUGAACAUUAUCAUAAUGUCCUUUUUAGUGUAAGAGUUGUUUUGAAUAGACUGACAUUUCAGCCUGUUUUGGCAGGAUGGAGUUUUGGCCUUCCACUGUGACAUCACUAUGGGGUGAAUUAGUUAGUUUUCCCCUCCCCACUCAGACCACUCCCAGACAGACCUAGCUAAAUUGUUGCUUGAAAUCACAGUAAGGUACUUCAUUGUUGCCCAGGAAUGAUUUGAUAUUGACAUUUAAAAAAAACGCAUUUGGACUUUAAAAAAUAAAUAUUGCAUUAUUCCUAAAUGAACUUUUGUAUGCCAACAGUGUUUCUCAUGCAGUAUAGAAUCAAGCUACUGUAUUCUCCAGUGAUGUUUAUAGUCCCCGUGAUAUCUACUAUCUCCAUCAUGCCAUCCUUGCUGUGUUGUUCCAAGGCUCACUGAUCUGUGUCUGAUGACAUGGUUAGAGUUGCGUCCCGACUCUCCACACUUCUCCUAGAGCGUGCUCUUGCACACUUCCUGUCAUCGAAACAGACAAAGGGAACCAGUCAGAGCCCAGAACCUCAGGGAAAUGGACAUUGGUUAGAGAAUUAAGGGAAGAGGAUCACUGUCUGGAAUCAUGUGUUUUAUUAGAAGGUUUUGAAGGGUUGAAGGAUCAAUUAUAAUGUGUGAUAUUAUAAUAUCCAAUAAAGUUAUGUGAAAUAAA